AUUGCUGUGAUCAUAAGGACAACUGUGGAAAUACAUUCUCUGUGUUUAGUAAUGGUGAUAUAAAAGUUGAUAAAGUCAAUAAUACAGAUACAACAGAAAAAGCGGACAUUUUACCCGUCCCACGAUUCUUUGUGAUGCGUCGUGAUGGUACUGGGUUUGAGUUGCUACGUCAUCAAGACGUUGACGAAUACUUAAGAGCUGCUGAAGAUAACUUUGCUACGGCUGUUUUAAGAACUCCUGUUGAGGGUUUACCAAACGUCACCGGAGUUACUGCUCCAAAACCUUUCUCAGGAGGAGAAGGAAGAAAAUGGCUAAAAUACAAAGAUGAAAGUAAUCUUGUUCCGCUUGCUUUACGGGAAAGAGACUUCACGCAGUUUCCACCGACAGAAAAAAAAGAAAGAUGGACCAAAAUUUGGUACCAAUGCAGGUUGUGGACUAGUCAUUGGCAACAUGAGAAAGCCUGUUGAUGUAAAACCAUUAUUAACUUGUCCCAAAGUCUUGGUUUUGCGUCAUUUUGUUCAAUAUGAGCCUUCAGACAUCGUACAUCGCGAAACUAUUUCAGCGGCAUUCCGUCAAUAUGGCGAGUACGUGACAAAACUUCGACUUCAGUGCGAUAACUGUCUGCCGAAGGAGUCACGUGACAGGGAAGAAGUAAAAAGAGCAAAUGGAUUGGCUGAAAAGUACGAGCGGGAAAACUCUCUGAAAAAUGAUCUCAAAGCUGAUGUAAAUGGUGUACAAGAAAAGUAUUUGAAGUCUGUAGCACCUGUCGAAAAGCCCGCACAACCUGCGCCAGCCUGGAAACGCACAGCCGAGGAAUGGGAACGAGAUCGUAUAGAUUUGGCUAAACUAGAAUACGGCAAACAUGCAUUACGUCAUCGUGAAGUUCCGCCAUAUUUUGAAACGGCGAAGGGUCAAGCUUUUCUAAGUGCUUUAAAUCGCGGUCCUGAUAUGUUGAAGCUCAGUGCUGAACUCGACAAACAAGCUUGUCCAGUUUCUAGUUCGCUUCACACUGCAAUGAGUGCAUCAACAGAAAUUUUAGAUCAGAGGCAUCAAACUUCUCAUCAAAAUGUUCCGCAAACUUCAAACUGGUCUAGGUCAUCGGUUUUAGAGAACCCAGAUCUUGAUAGAGGACAAUCGCCUGGGGAUGUCUCUCCAGUCGAAAGUAGUACACCAUUUGUCAGUCGUCCAGUGAAUCCUACUCCUGCACAAGCUGGUGGUGUACCUACCUCCCCGUCGACACGACCCACCAACCCCACCCCCCGUCAAGCAUCGACUGUCUUGAGCAAUGAAAGUGUUUUAGAUUCCCCCCGUACCAAACAAUCUAUAGUCCGAAGUUCAACUUUGGAAUCAUUGUUGGAAAUGCAACAUGAAGUAUUGAGUUCAGAUGUUACGUCAUCAAAGACAUCUUGUGAUAAUCAUGACAAUUUACCCAAAGUUAUCAUGGGUGGAAAACCUGGUGCUCUACCAAACUCUCAGUUGGUUCACAGUUCGUUUCUUCACUUAACAUGUGCCUUCUCUUUUACCUGGACAAAGGACUAG